AUCAAGACAAAGAUCAAUGCAUCCUUAUCACUGGCGAGAGCGGGGCCGGCAAAACAGGUGAGUGAGGAUUUCUGGGUUCCUCAAGACGGGCAUAGAGAAAAUAAAUCAUUGGCAAGAGGCUACUCCUAGCCAAGCUUGGGUUAGGGUUAGGUAGAUAAGGAGCUUGGAUGGGACAGGGGUGGGAUCACUCAUGAAUUGAGUUGAUCACUACAGGGACAGGUAGGGGAUGUGACUGGAAACACCAAAAGGGAUGGGAAGGUCUUCAAAUCAAGAAGAUUCGUUGGGCAAUCAUCUUAUCCCAUGCUCAAACUUUGGGCGGGGAGGACAUUCUGAUAACUUUGCCUAAUAUUUGUAAUUCUGCUUCUUCUGUCCUUUUUCUUGCUAGUAUUAGGAGCUGCGUUUUUGAAGCACUCAGAGAUGAGCAGAGAUCAAUACAUUUUUCAACUGUCAUCUAAAUAGCCUGGGAGCAGGCCACUCUUGAAGGGCUCUCUUUAAAUAAAUACAGCUUGAUUUGAGCUUUCUCAAAUCAAUGAAGUAGAAUAUAGAAGCAGGAGGGGAAAUGCAGGGGCAAAGUGGUUCAUUGGAAUUAAUUUAGUGGCACUGCCAGACGUUUACAAAUUUGAACAAUUUAAGCGAACUUCCACAGCCUGUGUUGUAUUGGGCUACAACACUCCUCAUCCCUAGUAAGCAAAUCCCAUUGGCUCCAUUCCUUGGAGAUACAAUACUGAUACCGUGAUAUAGAUGUCUGGCAGUAACCAAUUUGGGGCUACCAGGUUGGAGAGAGUUCCUUUAGCAAUUGUUACUGUUUCGGUGGCAAGUUACAUGGAAAUUAUUCCUCUGUGAGGAAUAUAUUCUUGAUUCACAUGGAGUGAUAUAAUAGAUGUGCCCUUUCUUUCUAAAUAACAUAAACCAGAUGCCUACAAGCAACUCAUAUUGAAGUUCUAAAUGCAUUCUAUGAUCACAAGGGGGAAUUUCCUCAUGAUUUAAGAGGGCUUACUCAGUGGCACAGCCUGCCUCAAACUGUGGAUCUCCUGGCAGAGAAAUAAAAAUAAUUCUCUGGCACAGGAUAGUCACCUACAUUAGGGAUUGUUUAGUAGUGGAUACCUACUGGGGAUUUUUCCUGAGUAGGGAAUAAGACAGGAUAUGCCACUUUGCCUCUGUUUUGUCCCUUCCAGACAGUCAUGGGGACUAUCUGGAUGAAUGCCUGAACUAUUUUUUGGCAGUGGCAUGUCCUGGCAUCCUUUUUAGGGAAUAAGCGAGAGAGACUUUGCCCAAGGUGACCCAGCUGGCCUAGGGAAGGACUAGAUCUCGUAGCCAUCUGAUUUCUAGCCUUGUGUCUUAUCCACCUCACCAAAACUGGGUCUUUUAAAAUAUCCCUACCAAGUCAUUGAUUCUUUGAUGCUUACACCUUUUCAUCAUUAGAGGCCAGCAAGUUGGUAAUGUCCUAUGUGGCAGCUGUAUGUGGAAAAGGGGAGGAGGUGAAUCGUGUCAAGGAACAGCUGCUGCAGUCCAAUCCUGUCCUGGAAGCUUUUGGGAAUGCCAAAACCAUCCGCAAUGACAACUCCUCCCGAUUUGGAAAAUACAUGGAUAUUGAGUUUGACUUCAAAGGCGAUCCUCUGGGUGGUGUCAUUAAUAAUUACCUGCUGGAGAAAUCCCGAGUGGUACAUCAUGUGAAGGGCGAGAGAAACUUCCAUAUCUUCUACCAACUCUUAUCUGGAGGCUCAGACCAGUUGCUCAAACAGCUGAAACUUGAAAGAAAAUUCAGCCUUUAUAAUUACCUCAACAAGGAGGCAGCAAGCCUAAAGGGCAUUGAUGAUGCAACCAACUUCAAAACUGUUCAGGAUGCCAUGCGAGCCAUUGGGUUCACACCCUCAGAGAUGACCGAGGUGCUGGAGGUGAUAGCGGUCAUCCUCAAACUCGGCAAUAUGCAAUUUGGAGAGCAAUUUCAAGCUGGUGGGAUGCAAGCUUGUGUUAUCCAGAGUGACAAAGUGUUACGAGAGAUCUGUCAGCUGAUCCAACUGGAUGAAAUGGUACUGGAACAAGCUUUGUGUUCUCGAACAGUAGAAGCCCAUCAGGAUAAGGUGGUGACAUCUCUGAAUGUCUCACAAGGCUACUAUGUGCGGGAUGCAUUAGCGAAGAACAUUUAUAAUCGUCUCUUUAGUUGGCUUAUUAACAGAAUCAACGAGAGCAUCAAAGUGAAAACAACUGAGCGGAAGAAAGUGAUGGGUGUUCUGGAUAUAUAUGGUUUUGAGAUUUUUCAGGAUAACAGCUUUGAACAAUUCAUUAUCAAUUACUGUAAUGAGAAGCUGCAGCAGAUCUUCAUCCUGCUCACCUUAAAGGAGGAACAAGAAGAAUACAUUUGUGAGGGCAUUACCUGGACCCAUGUGGAUUAUUUUGAUAACAGCAUCAUUUGUAACUUGAUAGAAGAUAACAAAAGCGGAAUUCUAGCUAUGUUGGAUGAAGAGUGCCUUCGCCCUGGGAAAGUGAAUGAAGAAACGUUCCUGAACAAACUUAACCAGGUCUUUGCAAAACAUCAGCGCUAUGAGAGCAGAGUAACCCAGAAUGCCAAGCGCAUUAUGGAUGCCAGCUUACCUGUCAAUUGCUUUCGAAUCCAACACUAUGCUGGAAAGGUAACUUACAAUGUGACUGGAUUCAUUGAGAAGAACAAUGACCUGCUCUUUCGAGACCUGUCACAAGCCAUGUGGAAGGCCAAGCAUGUCCUAUUACGCAGCCUCUUCCCUGAAGGUGACCCCCAAAAAGCCUCACUCAAGCGCCCACCUACAGCCGGUUCUCAGUUCAAAGCCUCUGUGUUCACCCUCAUGAAAAACCUCUAUUCCAAGAACCCCAAUUAUAUCAGGUGUAUCAAGCCUAACGAGAACAAGAUGCCAGCUGUAUUCACCGAUGGGCUGGUCCGAGCACAGGUGCGCUACCUUGGGCUGUUGGAAAAUAUUCAGGUCCGGCGGGCUGGCUAUGCCUUUAGGCAGCGUUAUGAGCCAUGUCUGGAGCGUUAUAAGAUACUCUGCAAGGAGACCUGGCCACAUUGGAAAGGAAGUGGAAGAGAUGGUGUUCAGAUUGUCUUGAACAGCUUGUCCAUUGACUCCAAAGAACUGGCAUACGGACACACCAAGAUUUUCAUCCGAAGCCCAUCCACGCUUUUUGAUUUGGAGAGGAGACGCCAGCAGCGAGUACAAGAGUUGGCUGCCUUAAUUCAAGCAGCUUUCCGAGCAUGGAAGUGUCGUAAGCAUUACCAAGAGAUGCGCAGGAGCCAGAUCCUUAUUUCGGCUUGGUUUCGGGCCCAAAGAGAAAGGAAGAAUUAUUUAAAAAUGAAAACAUCAGUUAUUCUUAUUCAGGCCUAUAUCCGAAGUUGGAAGUCUCGUAAACUCCUGCGAGAGUUAAGGCAACAGAAAUGUCAAGUUCAGGCUGCCACCACCAUUUCUGCUUACUGGAAAGGUCAUCAGACAAGGAAGGAGUAUAAGAAAUAUUUCCGCUCUGGGGCUUCUGACCGUAUUGCCAAUUUUGUUUACCGAAGACUGGUACAAAAAUUCUUCUUGGGCCUGAAGGACAACCUCCCUUCCAUGUCAGCGAUCAAUCACAAUUGGCCCCCAGCCCCAUACAAAUUUCUCACAAAUACCAACCAAGAAUUGAAGAAAACAUUCCACCAUUGGAGGUGUAAGAAGUAUCGAGAGCAGCUUUCCCCAAAGGAUAAAGAAGCCUUGCAGAACAAGUUGUGUGCCAGUGAACUUUUUAAGGGGAAGAAAAGUUUGUAUCCUAGGAGCCUCCCCCAGCCUUUCCAAGGGGAAUACCUUGGGUUGAAGGAGAACCCCAAAUACCGCAAGCUCCAAACCACUGCCGACGACAAGCUGGUGAUGGCCGACCAUGUGAAGAAAGUCAACCGAGGUGAUGGGAAGACUUCUUCUCGGAUACUCCUUCUCACAAAGAGUCACAUCAUCCUGGCUGAUCUCAAGGCUGCUCAACCUAAAACCAUGAUCACCUUGAAUAACAUUGAGAGUGUUUCUGUCAGUUGCUAUUCAGAUGGGUUUCUUAUUCUGCACAUUAGAGAGUCUACCACUGCGGACACCAAAGGGGACUUCCUUCUUAUUAGUGACCACGUGAUUGAACUGGUUACCCGGCUUCACCAGACCAUGCUGGAGACUACAAAGCAAAAACUGAAACUCCAAGUGGCUGAUGAAUUUCUGGUGAAGUUUAAGCAAAGCACCAUCACUGUCAAACUUGUGAAGACAGAUGAGACACAAGGCAAAGCUCCUGUUUGCAGGAAAAAAGGCAGCCAUAGGAUGGAGGUGUUGGUCCAUUAAAGUUAUUGCUGAUUCAAAGGCAGCUACAUUGGACAGUGGAUCACAAAAUAUUGAGAAUAAAAUUUAGACUCGACCCACUACAAGCAUUGGUGCCUUUCUAGGUUUCUCAUCAGAAUGUUUACAGCAUGGAGCAACAUGAAUUGCAUACAUUCCAAGGCCAAUUGAUGCAUUUGCAGAAAGUGUAAAUGUCUUGCCAAUAUCUUCAGAAAUGGCUUCUUUCUGUAGAUGCUUUAAGUGGAAAAUUUGGGGAGAAUUGCCAAUUAAAAACAAACAAAUGAAA